GUACUAUUUAUUUGGGUGAAACAUUCUCAGCUCAUAUUAAUUUACACAACGAAAGCAGCCAAAUUUGUUAUAAUGUUGAAUUGAAAGUUGCUCUUCACAAUCGUAUCGAAUCAAUCACUUUACCAAUAUACACUUCUAUAAGUAGUCAACCUACUAGUACAACCGGUGUACCAUACAAUUCUACAACAAAUUUUGAAUUAUCCAAUCCAAAUCAAAGUAACAUUUCUACUGGAGUUCAUGCUAAAAAAGAUCAUGUCUUUGAUUUACAACCAGGCCAAUCAUUGAAUGCAAUUAUUAGUCAUGAAUUAAAAGAAUUAGGUGUACAUAAUCUACGUUGUACAAUUUCAUAUUUUCAAACGAAUUCACAUGGGAAAUCCGACAAUGCUUCAUCACAUGUAGCUGUAGUUGCCUAUGAAUCACCACGAUUAACAUCAUCAAGUUAG